AUGAUAAUAAAAAUUACUUUACUUCUUUGGGUUCAAGCUGUAUUGAUUGAUGCUCUUCAACUGCCAACUUUUCUUUGGGAUCCUAGAAAUAAAAUUUUUGCUGGUGAUCUAUGUGAAGGAAAAUAUGCAAAAAUCUCAGUGAAUUAUGAAGCUACAAUUUAUUUUACUUGUCCACAUGAAGCACUUUGUAGUGAUGUUAUUGAAGGGGACUCAAACAAUGCGAAAUCUAUGUACGAGAAUAUGUAUAUUGUUUCUAAAGAAGAAUUUGAAAACUGUGACGUAAAGGAAAACCGACAACCGGUAUUAUUGUGUGACAGUCCUGAAGAUACUUCAGUGAUUAAAUUCACAAGUUUCUAUAUCUUUGAUGUUAAAUCAAGUCUUCGAAUUCCAUUUAAAGAUAAUACAACCUAUUAUUUUGUUGCAACAUCAGAUGGUAAAAAAAAAGGGAUAACCAAUUUAAAAGGUGGUAGGUGCAAAGAAAACAACAUGAGACUAGCCAUGUAUGUACGAGGACAACAAGAUAACAGCCCAAUUAAUGAACAUAUGUGUUAUGAACCCAAGAAAGUUGUAAGUUUAUUGAAAACUGAUUCCCCAAUCACUACAACCGCUUCUUUUCAACUGCGACCUGAAGCUUUUCUUAAAACCACUCAAUUUUCUAGUUCAAAUACAGAGCCUUCUGGUGUAAAAACAGAAUUUUCUAUUGAAAACACAUAUAAAAAACCAGUUCAUGAACAAAUAAAACAAAAUCCCAGUACAGAUUCAAAAGGUCAUUUUUGGUACGAUGUAUUAUAUGGGGGUAUUGGGUUUAUUGUGGGAAUAUUUAUUACAAUCUUCAUUAUUAAAGUAAAGAAGUCUUGGACGGAAAAAAGUCUUUCUCAAACUAAAGCUGUAUGCCCAGAGAUUUAUAAAGAAAAAGAUAAUAAAACUGAAAUAAUAAAUCCGAACAAUCAAACCCAGCUAUUAUUUAGCGAUAAUCAGGCAUAUCGGCAUUCUACUGAAGGUAAUCCGCUAAUUGAAAAACUGCCAUUUUCUAAUGAGAAUGAUUGUGUCAUUCUCGUGUCUAAGUAA